AUGUCUACAAGCAGCGACUCAGAACAUGAUUCGUGCGAUGAACUUGAUCAGAGAGAUCCCGAUGAGCUCUGGCAGGAAGCAAUGGAGAUUGAUGAGAAGUACCGGACUCGAUCAAUCGCUUUCAAAGAGCUUGAAGCCUCGCUCCACAAACUCUGGCGAGGGGUCAAAAAGAUUGAUGCCUCGCCCAAGGAACGAGAAGAGGCCAUCCUUCCCAAUGGACAACGUCUCUGGACCGACCUUCCUUAUUUUGUUGACGACAUCCAUAACUUCUGGGAAAACGUAAUGUUCGAUAAAUCAGUCCCGGAAACAAAGCACUUGAAUCGGUGGUUAGCUACAAUGUCUUGUGCUGGAAUUUACACCGUCGAGUUGCUUCAGUGUAGCCUGCGGCUAUUCAGCGGCGCGUUGGAGGAGAAAAAAGUCCUUGAAUUGAUGGAGGACUCCUUUAUCAAGCCUGAUGGUCACGAGUACCCGGAUGUUCUAUCUGUUGAACAAAUGCUUCCCCUGUGUGCAAUCUGGAUGAAGUACACCGGCAGCAAGCUCGCAAUACUAUCGGCAAAUCCUCCUGGCCUCGACGAAAACGCCUGUAUAUCUCACCCACCAGGUCCUUUCGCACGCGAAGCCGGCAUAACCGACAGUGGCCUCAGCAUUGGAAGAUGGCAAUUCUGGAGAAAGGAAUUUCAAAAAUUCUCUCAGAAGAAGAAGUGGGAAACAUUUUCUUCUCCGGCAAAAGAUUGCGUGUUGUGGUGGGACCGGGCAAGUCGGAGAGCGGGUAUUUUGUUGGAUGAGGCCGAAGAAAGCAUGGGAAGUGAUGGGACAGACACUGAACAGCUCCGAAGAAACAUGGAAGAUAUGUCAAUUGGGACAAACUUUAGGGAAAGCGCUGGAUCCAGUCCUGACAUUGAUAUGGGUGUGACCGAAGAGUAG